GCAGCAUCUUUAUUACUGCUUCAACCCCCCAAUCUCCAUAGACGCUGCUGAUGCUGAGGAGGCCCCGCCAGAGCCAUCCUGGUCUCCAUGGCAACCUCUCCCUCCUCUCUCUCUCCUCCGUCGGGCUGCGUGCUUAAUACCAGCCGCGUGUCCCCGCUCCCCGCCCGCCCCGCUCCCCAGACGCUAAAUGAGGGAGGUUGUAAAAUAAAAAGUGACAUAUAGUACAGGACACAGGGAGAGGGGAGGGGGGUGCGCGGCCUGUCUCUGCGCUGCUGCUGACCUCAGCGUUCUCUGCUGUCCUGCGCUGUGAUGGCGCUAAUCCCCUGCCAGGUGCUGCGGGCUGCCAUCCUGCUCUCAUACCUGUCCGUGCUGUGCCACUACAAGGCCGUAGAGAUGCCCGCGCACCACACCUAUGGGGGCAGCUGGAAAUUUCUCACCUUCAUUGACCUGGUGAUCCAAGCUGUCUUUUUUGGCAUUUGUGUACUGUCUGACCUGUCCUGUCUUCUAACAAAGGGCAGUGACAACCAGGAACAAGAGCGGCAGCUAAAAAAGCUCAUCUCCCUCCGUGACUGGAUGAUGGCUGUGCUAGCAUUCCCUGUAGGAGUCUUUGUAGUGACGAUGUUCUGGAGUCUUUACAUGUAUGACAGAGAACUUGUAUAUCCAAAGCUGCUGGACAAUUUCAUACCACCCUGGCUAAACCACGGAAUGCAUACAACAGUUCUACCUUUCAUAUUAAUCGAGAUGAGGACGACCCAUCAUCAGUAUCCAAGCAGAAAUAGUGGCAUUGCAACAGUCUGCGGCUUCUCCAUUUGUUAUAUUUUGUGGGUCUACUGGAUUCAUCAUGUGACAGGCGUAUGGGUGUACCCUCUCCUGGAAUACAUCAGUCCUCUAGCCAAAAUAGUCUUCUUCCUUCUAGUCACUGUUCUCAUUACCAUGUUUUAUAUACUUGGGGAGAAGCUAAACAGCUAUAUUUGGGACUUGGAUAAAUAUAAUGAAGCAGAAGAGAAACAGGUCAAGGUUGAUUGAAUCUUGGAUGCAACAAUUAAACUUUCUUCUACUUCAUUCACAAACAAUCUGGAAGUGCUGUAUCUACUCUAUAACAACAAUCAGAAGUCUUUGGAAACAUUUCAGUGCAGUCUUCUAAGCAUGGCAUUCUAGAACUGUGUACGACAUUUGACACUACAGACUUGUAGCUACAAACUAAGUUAUUAAUAAUAAAAAUGUGAUCUAAAUUUAUUAGAUUUGAAUCUGCCAUUAUAUUCUGAAGGGUAAGGGGAAAGAUGCCAUUCUGUAACUACAAUUUAUUUUAUAAGGGAUUGUUGUAGUAAUUUGUAGUAAAACCUGAGAAACAGUAACUCGUGUAACUACAGAAGUUAUAGUGACGUAAAGUAACCUUGUUGAGGAACACCUACAUUAAAAUAUAUUUGCAAGGUGCCAUACCUUUCCUAACAGGGUUUUCUAUACAUGCAGUAUAGACACGUUUCUGUGAGUGAUACACAAAAUGAUCCCAUUUACUAUUAAGUCUAAAGAAAUGUGAUAAUGACUAUAAUCAUUUGGAGUGCUUAGAUAUUUUGUUCUGUUUUAAACAGGUUAUGUGCCAGUUUACAUUUUGUUUUACGUUUCUCCACUACCUUAUAAUAAUAAAGGUAAACACCCCAGGA